AGUGCAUCCGGGUGCCAGGAGCAGCGUGGAGCCCAGGAGCUGGCUUUCCCCUUCCCGGGGGGGGCAGCAGCGGUCCGGAGCUUCUUGCGAGGGACAUUCUUCACCAGGUCCCCAGCGGUUCCACUCCGUCUUCGGGAGCUCCGGCUCUGAUUGGCUCCGGGGCCAGCGGCCUUUGCUCUUUCCUGGGCCGGGCAGUAUAACAGCCGGCGCGGCGGUGCCCGGGGCCCGCCAGGUGCGCUCGCCUUGCACCCGUCGCAGCCGGCAGGGGGCGCAGCUGCCCCGCGCGGGGACCCCGGGUGACGCCAUGGCCGGCGAGGCCCGGGCGGGCGGGGACGCGGCGCUGCGCCGCCUGCUAAAGCUGCACCGCACGGAGAUCGCGGUGGCCGUGGACAGCGCCUUCCCGCUGCUGCACUCGCUGGCCGACCACGACGUCGUCCCCGAGGACAAGUUUCAGGAGACGCUGCGGCUGAAGGAGAAGGAGGGCUGUCCCCAGGCCUUCCAUGCCCUCCUGUCCUGGCUGCUGACCCGGGACUCGGCGGCAAUCGCGGGCUUCUGGAGGGUCCUCUUCAAGGACUACAACCUGGAGCGGUACGGUGGGCUGCGGCCCAUCCUGGACGGCUUCCCCAGAGAUGUGGACCUCAGCCAGCCCCGGAAGGGGAAGAAGCCCCCCAGUGGCCCCAAGACUCCCGCACUGCCUCCCAGACACCCCACCAAGAGGAGGGCCCUGGAGGAGCCCCGGGCCACCCCGCUGGCAGCCCUGACCCCGAGGGGCACCCUGAGCCCAGGCUCCCAGCCAAGGGUCAAGGCCCUCAAGAAGCCGGAGGGCCACUUGGAGCCUAAGCGCCUCCCCAUGGGGAAUGGAAUUCAGGCCAUGUCAGCUUCGGUCCAGAGGGCAGUGGCCGUGUCCUCGGGGGACGUGCCUGGAGCCCGUGGGGCCGUGGAGGGCAUCCUCAUCCAGCAGGUGUUGGAGUCAGGGGGCUCCAAGAAGUGCAUCCAGGUGGGGGGGGAGUUUUACACCCCCAGCAAGUUUGAAGACCCUGGUGGAGGCAAGAACAAGACCCGAGGCAGUGGCGGGGGCCUGAAGCCCCUAGUCCGGGCCAAGGGAGCCCAGGCUUCUGUCCCUGUAAGUGCUGGCCUGACCCACACCCGGGAGGCCCCUGGCCCAGGGCAACAAUGCUCCCCUCACGGUCCCCCACUGCUGACCAGGGUGAAGGAGAGCCCCGGGUCGGCCAGCAGCCCAGGGUCCCCGUCAAUGCAGCCCUUGCCAGCGAUCCCCAGCUCCACCAGAAGAACGAGGACGAGUGUGCCGUGUGCCGUGAUGGCGGGGAGCUCAUCUGCUGCGACGGCUGCCCCCGGGCCUUCCACCUGGCCUGCCUGUCCCCGCCCCUGCGGGAGAUCCCCAGGUGAGCGCACCAGUCACCCGCAGCUGCCGCUGCCCAGGAGGCGCUGGACCCUAAGGGCCCCACAGUUGGGUGGGGCCUGGGAUCUCCCCCAAGGCUGGGAAGAGCGGCCAUGGAGGUGCACCCCCCCCAGGGGUAACUCCCUCAUCCUGGGCUCUCCUGUUCAUUGGCCCUGGUGGCCCAGCUCGUCCCCUGCCUGGGCCUCAGUUUCCCCAUCUAUGAAGGAAAUGGUGACACGGAGGAGCCCCCGGGUCUCCCCUGCUUUGUGGGUCUGGGGUCUAUGGUCUCCUUUGCCCUGCAUGCCUGUGACCGGUGACGACGUGAGCAGCGGCACCUGGAGGUGCUCGUGCUGCCUGCAGGGGAGAGGCCAGCAGGGCCUGGCUCAGGCCCCGGAGCCCCGGCCUCCAGAGCCACCUGCAGAGACCCGGGUUCCCCAGGGGCCCCGGGCCUCCGGCGAGGACGUGCGGGCCCUGCCCAGGGAGCCCCCCUCGGAUCCUAGUCUCUCCUACUCGCACCUGCUGGCCCCGCCUGCCGCAGGCCCCCUGCCCGUGCUGGACCCCGGGGCCCUGCGCCCGCUGCUGAGUGCCGUUCCUGAGGGGCAGCAGGGCCCUGCGCCGGGCGCGAGGUGCGGAGUGUGCGCGGACGGCACGGACGCGCUGCGGUGCGCGCACUGCGCCGCGGCCUUCCACUGGCGCUGCCACUUCCCGGGGGGCGCGGCUCAGCCGGGGACCGCCCCGCGCUGCAAGUCCUGCUCCGGAGACCGAGAGCCCCAGGAGGCAGCGCCCGGCCCCAGCCCCAGCCGGGUCCCGGGACCACCCCAGGUGAACCACAGCCAUGCUGGCCAGGAGCCUGUCCUGCACCGGGAUGACCUGGAGUCCCUCCUAAGCGAGGGGGCCACGGGGCACACCUCACCCCAGGGCCUCAGAGGUGCAGGUACCUCGGCUGAUAUGAGCAUCAGAGAUCUGGGCUGCAGGGCAGAUACUUGGAAAAUGGGAGGUCCCUGUGACCCCAGUCCUUCCAGAUGGGAGUCAAGCCCCAGAGCAGGACCAAAGAGGCACCAGGAAGAAGCCACCUAAGGAGCAGAAAGGCUGUGGGGCUGCACUCUGUGGGUGCUGUGAGGAGACGAUGCGGCCUUCACCCCAUGGGUGUCCUGGGGGAGCUGAGGAUGCAGGCGGGGCGGGCACCGUGCCUGGGGCACCUGCCCAGUGUGACUGCCUGGCUUCCCACACACAGCACUCUUUCGAGGGCAUCCUACAGUGGGCCAUCCAGAGCAUGGCCCGCCCGCUGGCCGAGACGCCCUCCUUCUCCUGAGCCCACGAGGACCCCGCCCCACACGCAUACACGGCGCCUGGAGAGACAGGAGAUCUCAGCCUGGCACCCGGCCACUCUGCAGACACCCAUGGGCGUGGGGACCCGAGGACACCGUGUGCCCUGAAAUUAAAAUCACUUCUGGGGUUUCGA